GGCCUCUCGCCGGCCGGCAGGGGACGCGCGCCCGGCGGACAGGACGCUUCCAUGGAGGGGGCGGAGGCGGAAGCGCGGGAGGGGGCCGCCGUGGCCCGGGACCUGCAGGCCUUGGGGUAUGAGGGCUUCUCGGGGGCGACGUCGCGGGGCACCUCGUGUCCGGACUUCAGGGCGCUGUGCGCGCGGCUGGCGGCGGAGCUGGCGACGCUGGGCGCCCUGGAGCGGGAGCGAGGGGAGAGCGCGGAGGCGCUGAGGGCCGGCGACGGCCCCGGCGCCGAGGAGGAAUUCCUGCGACAGUUGGCCGGCCUGCUGCGGGAGCUGCGCUGCCCGGACCGCGCGCUCGGCGGCGGAGACGGCGUGGCCGCGCUGCGGGAGCCCGGCGCGAGCCUGCGCCUGCUGCGCUUUCUCUGCUCUGAACUCCAGGCUGCCCGCCUCCUCCGUCUCUACCCCCGGCUGGACCCCAGCCCCGCACAGCCCUGUGGGGAAGAGGCCGAGGAGGGAGCUGGCAUGGUCCAGGAACUGGUCCUUACCCUCCAAGCUCUGGGGCUGCCCAGACCGACGCCUGGGACCGCCGCCAGCCGGCUGCUGUGGGAGUUGCAUGACAAGAUCUCUGAGCUGCUGCCUUCCCUGCCCCCAGGGUUCCUGCAGCCCCUCCUCAGCUCCCCACUGGAUGCCCCCAGAUGGGAGGCAUUGGAGUCUCUGUGCCAAAGGCUGGGAGAUCAGUACUGCUCUCGCCGCUGCCUGCUCCUGAAGCGCCUGGACCUCACGACAUCUUCUUUCCACUGGAGUGAUAGGGCAGAGGCCCAAGGAGAAGCCAUGAAGGCAGUGCUGAUCCCAAUUCGAGAGGCUCUGACCCCAGAAUCAAAUGUCUCCAUCGCACAUGUCCUGGCUGCCCGAGAGGACCUGUCUCGUCUUAUCCCAGCCACCAGCAAGGCUGUCCGCCGAGGGACCUGCUGUGCCAUCAACAAGGUGCUUAUGGGCAACGUGCCAGACCGGGGGGGCCGUCCAAAUGAACUGGAGGCUCCCAUGCCCACCUGGCAGAGCAGAAGAGAGGAUGGUGGUGGGCGGAAGGCAGGCCGCCAGAACUGGGGUCGCAAGAAGAAGAAGAAGAAGUAAAGAGGGACUGGUGGUUGGGUGGGGGGAGGGGUCCUCUGUGACAUGCUUGAUGCCAUUGGUAAUCCUUGGGGAAUCGCUUUGAGUUUCUCUUGGCAUCUGGCUCCCAGGCCCCACGUCCCCUGUUCCUAAGGUCCCAAAUGCCUACCAUCACCACCACCCCCCAGUCUAUCACUCAACAACAAAGACCAUGUUCUUUGGAAAAUAAAUUUAAUUUAUGACA